AUGAGCGAGACGCCAGCAGAGCAGCAGCCUCCGGCCGCGGAGGCUGCAGCAGCAGCAGCAACGCCUGCCGCAGCAGCGGGACCUGCUGCUGCUGCUGCUGCUGCUGCUGCUGCUGCGAGCAGCAGCAGCAGCAGGCGGCUGCGGCUGACAGCAACCCUCAGCAACAACCACAUUUAUGCAUGCAUUACAGACCCCUCGGGGCAGCAGACAUUUGCUUUUGCUUCCUCGAUGGACAAAGAGCUUGCUGGCACUUUGAAGCAGGUCAAGAGAAAAAGAGGCAAGUUUGCUGCUGCUGCUGCUGCUGCUGCUGCUGCUGCUGUUGCUGCUGCUGCAGAGGGUGCAGCUUGCGCCGUUGCUGGACUGGUGGCGAGGCAGCACGGGGGCACUUUGGAAGCAGCAGCAGCUGUGGGGGCCCUUGUGGCAGCAAGGGGCCUUCGGGCUGGAGUCUCUAAAGUUUAUUUCGACAGAAAGCAAUACAAAUAUGCAGGGAGAAUUGCUGCGCUGGCUGAUGGAGCGCGGAAGGCGGGACUAGACUUCUAA